AUGAGCGAAGUGGCCGAGAGCCACCCCGCCAAGCAGGAUGCGACGGCCCUACAGCCCGCCACGGACAGCGAGGGCCACCCCGUACGCGAGUGGAUCGACACGUUGCUUCAAGCGGCCGUGAUAGCCAAGGAUAAGCAGAAGAAACCGGCCGAAGGCGACGACAAGGCGCCAGGAACUGCAACCGACACUUCAGCUGACGCUGGCGCUGACACCGACGCUGGUUGCACUAAGUUUGCGCGUUUCAACAACGCGUGCUCGGGCCACGGAGGGAGGCGCCUGUGUGCCGAGGCUGGCUGCGAACGUGUGGCUCAGUUUGGCCACAAGUGCAGCGCACACGGAGGAGUCAAGUUCUGCAGCGUCGAAGGCUGCCAUCGCGCAGUGCAGUCUCGUGGUUGCUGCAAAACUCACGGUGGCGGUGUUCGGUGCCAGCACCCAGACUGUACGAAGGGUGCUAUUUCAAAAGGGUUCUGUCGAGCGCACGGUGGCGGCUCACGCUGCGCGGAGGAAGGCUGCCAAAAGUGGGCCCAGCGUCACGGCUUCUGCGUGCGCCACUCCAAGUCAUCGCCUGGUGCUAAGGCGGUGGUGAGCCAGUCAGCGGCGGAGCCGAUGUCUGGUGCAACUGCCCCACCGCUAGACUCUCUGCAAUCUACCGCUUCAAGUUAGCACCGCAGUAGUAUCAAGUAGCCAUGAGAAAUUGAGAUACUUUAGUACCGG